GCGCAGUCGCAGUAGGAACCGUGGCGAGAGAAUCAGGAAGCCAUCCUCAGCUGUUAUGAGUUUGUUUGUAGCUGUCUAUUCAUCAUGAAAAUAAAUGAAAACACAUUACUGGAGGGACACACAGUGUUACUGGUUCCAUAUAAUGAAGAGCACGUCCCCAGAUAUCAUGAGUGGAUGAAAUCUCCUGAGCUGCAGCAGCUGACUGCCUCAGAGCCGCUGAGCCUGCAGCAGGAGUACGACAUGCAGAAGAGCUGGAGGGAAGACGAUGACAAAUGCACAUUUAUUAUCUUGGACAAGCAGCGCUGGGUGGACCCAGGUGUCGAUGAGGAGCAGUGCAUGGUGGGAGAUGUCAACGUCUUCCUGACCGACCCCUCGGAUCCAUUCUUGGCAGAGCUGGAGGUCAUGAUAGCAGAGCCCAGUUACAGAGGAAGAGGCAUCGGGAAGGAGGUGACUCGCAUGAUGAUGAGCUACGGAAUCACCAAACUCGGAGUCAAAAAGUUUCAAGCAAAAAUUGGUCUGGACAACCGAGUCAGCAUCUCCAUGUUCAAGAAGCUGCAGUUUCAGGAGGUAUCUGUGUGCAACGUCUUCAAAGAGGUGACCCUCGAGCUGAUGGUGGACGACUCCAUUCGGACCAAGCUGCAGGAAGACGUGGCUUACAUGAAGGAAAGGGACUACAAGCAAACAUGCCGCAGCAGACAUGAACUGGUUCAGCAGUGAGGCCGACUACUGUGAGCUCCAUCGUCCAACCAUUAUUUGUGAAACAGAAAGACAGAGGCUUUACCUCCCUCCCUUGAGGAAGAGAGCUCUCGUUUUGGUCCAGAUUGCUCACCGGCAACCUCAACAAAACGCUGCAGGCAACACGGUCAUAAGGCCUUCGGACAGGUUCACUGUUCCACUGCCAGGAUGAAAGCAAACCUAAAGCUAAAACUGAAUAAAGUCUUCAACAAAAGGUCAGAUA